CAUCAAUAAAAAGCGACGCCCGGCAAGCAUUUGGUUAGUGUUUAUUGUUUAGUCAUUCAGCGGAAAAGGUGAAGAAAAGAUAAGAAAUUAUUUGGGACUUUAAUAUGGAAGUCACACGAGCAACGAUCGGUUCAGAUCCUUGGAAGAAAGCCAGCGUUAAAAAUCUCCAGUUAAGCAAAGCUGUGAUGGAUCGAAGUGAACAUGCCUGUGAGUUGGGCAAGAAUCUUGAUCCGUUGCCUAGUUUACGAGACAACUGUAUACAAGAAAGCAAUGCAAGAAUUCACGCUUAUGUCAGAGCAACCAGAGCCGUUGUUGUUAAGUUGCGUGAGAGUUUUCUUGAAACCAAUAAAGAAAUAAAAUCGCUUACAAGAUGUAAGGAAAGUUUAGAACGUGCACUGGAGCACAUCAGAAAAGACUUGUCGCUGAACCAAAGAUCGUGUCAAGUUCGGGCGACGCGUCCGCCCAGAGAAAGGCUACAAGAUGGUGCUGAUAAUUUACUUACAAGUGAGCGCCAGCAUCUUCUUACACUUAAGCGCACUCUUGAAAACCAACUGCGAGCAGUCCAGAGGCAACUGCAUCACCUUGACAGUUGUCGCAAACGACUUUCAGCUGUCCUGCAAGAGAGAUCUCAAGCAACAGACCUAAUAUGCCAAGCUGUCAGUUCCGUAAAAGGAUCACCACACCGCAGCAGGGAUAAACUCCUUGAAAAACCCCAGACACCACCUGUGGAACCUUUGGGACCUUACACCCCUGAAGCAGCUAAUUCAAUCACAAAUGCUUUGCAAGCUCGAGAGUCAUCAGCUGUGCUGCGAAAAUCUGUUAAUGAAGCUAUACAGGAUGCAAAUCAAUUGCAAAACUCUACACAUUUUUCUGUCAACCAUGGUCUGACACAGAAAGUGGCUGAAACAGUUAAUAUUAAACAACAUUUACAAGUAAGUUCAGGCCAGGCUAAGAUGGCAAUUAAUAGAGGUCAAAGGUGGUAUGAUUCAACUGGACUAUCAAUGGGUUAUGCUUUGGGCCCAGUUACAUACUCAGACCUUACAACUCGUGAGAAGCUUGACCGCCCUAUGGUAGGUGUUUUCCAACGUCACCCUGGCAACCAGCUGCCUGAAGCGAGAGAUAUUGUUUCGGGUAACGAUGGUCUCCUUGAUUCCCUGAAUGCAACAGGAAGGAAUCUUGGUUUACUUAAGUUAACUAAACUCCGACUGGAUGCUGAUGCACGUGAUAAAAGCGAGGCUGCGUUGUUGGAUUCAAAAGUUGUGCGCAUGCGCCGCAGAUUGGCCAAUCACCGUUGGGUUGUUGGUGAUCAAAUUAAGUGUUAGAUUUUGGGACAAAUAACUGGUGUGAGUUUGUAACAAAUGAAUACAAUUCAAUCAAAAUGUAUAACUUUACGCGUGUUUUGACUGUAGGAAUCAAAAUGACUUUAAACAAUUAAUGGCUUCUUGUGCGUCAUUAGUGAUAUGGAUAAGAAAAAUUUUAAAAAAAUGGGUAAUAUUGAUAUGAAAAAGUUUUGAAAACCAAUUAUGUACAUUAUUAUUAUUGAAUAAUGUAGUCGUUACAAAACGUGUAUAUAUAUAUAUAUCCGUGCGAGAAUAACUAAAAUUAUCAACUUAGC